AUGUUGGGAGUCGUCAGGGACUUUGCUGUCGCGAUUUUCGGUCUUGUGGUCGCCCUCCUGUCCGGCCUGCUGGGUGUCUUCCUGCGCCUGGACCGUCCUCGCGCAACACAGCCGCAGUCUCCCUCCCCUCCCCCGACCCCUCCCGACUCUACCCACAGGUUCGUGCGGCGGGAAUACGAGGCCCGCCUCCAAAGCAUAUUCGCACGCCGCCCGAGGGAAGGCUUGGAGCAAUUCAUCGCCCUCGAACUGGAAAAACACCGUCUUCUCGAAGAGAACGCCGCCCUCAUGCGCAAGCUCACCGAGCUUACGGAACAGCGCAUGGCCGACAUGGCCGAUUCGGGCCGGCGCCCAGUCCCGCGUCGUCCUCCUACUCCUGAUCAUGCCCGGGGCUGA